UUUGUUUUCUUUUCUAUAUUGUGUCCAAAAAUCCAACCAAAUCUCACGUAGUUAAGUUCUAAAAAUUCCACCUCCAAAACCCGCCCCUUCCAUUCAUAUCUGUUCCAGUUUAGAUCAGGCUUUCACGAUAUCCUUCAUGUAAUAAUAAAGAAGCUUCCCCUCCUUUUUGACACCAAUACUUGGAACCAAACACACACUUGUCAGAACCCAACGAAAACCUCAAUCUUCUUCUAAACUUCUUUUCUUCUUAGUUUUUUGGACUUACCCAUUGUUUGCUGAUGAAUUUUCAUCUUCAUAGAACCAGUUUCAGCCUUUGAAUGUGAAGGGAGAAAAAGAUGGUUGGUGGUAGUCAUCAUCGUGUUGUCAAAGUAAAGGGAGAAACUUUAGAGUCAUGCAUGACAUGCCCUCUUUGUAAUAAGCUUUUAAAGGAAGCUACAACUAUUUCCCUGUGUCUCCAUACGUUCUGUAGGAAGUGCAUAUAUGAGAAGCUCUCGGAUGAAGGGAUGGAUUGUUGUCCCGUAUGCAACAUUGAGCUGGGAUGUCUGCCAGUUGACAAACUCAGACCCGACCACAGUUUACAAGAAGCAAGGGCAAAAAUUUUCCCUUACAAAAGAAGAAAGAUAAGUGCUCCCGAGGUUAUGCCUUCAGCUUCACCACCAGCAAAAAGAAAAGAAAGAUCACUGUCAUCAUUGGUGGUCAGUACUCCCAAAGUGCCAAUGCAGCGUGGUUUGACUGGAAGGAGAACGAAGGCUACUGCACGAAAAAGGAUUGCUGAUUUUCGAGGGUGUAGUUUCUCUGUUGAGGGGUCCCCUAAGAAAGAAGAUUCCGCAGAAGAUCAUCCCUCAGGCUCAACCUCACCUGAUUCCUCAAACAAAAUUAGUCAACGUAAAAGGCAGGAUUGUUCCAGGGUAAAACCUUCUAGUGAACACAGGUCUAAUGAAGAUACAGAUGAUGUUGAAAUUAUGGAAGGGAAAGCAGAUCUGAAGACAUCCUUAAACUGUCUUGUCAAAGCAGCUAACAGAAAGUCAUCCAAGUUAAAUUCACAAGCAUCACCAGUUUCUGCAUCAGAGCCACAUAAUAGCCCUUAUCGUCACUUAUAUGCGCCUGAAAUAAAAGCUGGCCUUGAAUCCCCUACUGUUCCUGAUGGAAAGAAUGGGGCAAAUUUGAUUACAAAACCUGUGAAACGUAGAAGGUUGCAUGCAGAAGCACAAAAGAAGGCAGCUGGCUUCAAUAGGAUCAUGCUAGACACUUUGGGGUCUAUGUGGAAUACAAAAAACAAUCCAAUUUGGUUCUCAUUAGUUGCUUGUGAAGACCGGAUAGGACAUAUUUCCCUUCCACAGCUUUCUGCAUGCUACUUGAGGAUACAGGACGGUAAAAUGCCAGUCUCAUUCAUCCAAAAGUACCUUGUAAAGAAACUUGAUCUUACAAGUGAAGCCGAGGUGGAGAUCAUGUGCCAAGGUCAAUCGGUCGUACCGUCAUUACAACUUCAUAGCUUGGUAGACUAUUGGUUUCGUACUGCAUCUACAGCGAAGAAGAUCCCAGCAACCGUCGGUUCAUCAUCGAAGGACUACGUUAUGGUUCUAUCGUAUUGCCGAAAAGUCCAAGCUCCCUGAGACGCCCGUUUAAUCUUUUUUUCAUGUUCUGUCUGUUGUGGAAGACGACUAUCGGAUAGAACAAA